AUGCCAUGCCGAGAUACCGAAACUCAUACAAUGGAUGAGGGGCAGGGAUGUGGAAUUCAGGAUGACACUGAACAUCGUGAACAGGCAUCGACCACUAAACUGGACAAGAAGGAACAGAGAAAAUCGCCGGUGCCGGCACAUCUGUGCCUUUCUUGUGGCGCAAUUGCGGCCACUCCAAGGCAGGCCAUGACGGACGUUGUGUGCCACUUCGGAGCCCGGCAAAGCUCUCUUGUCGGCAUUGACCCCUUGCCACUGCCAUUCUGUGAUUUAGACUUCAGCAGCCGCUCGGAGCUUGCGUGCGGAAGUACACAACAUGUUUGCUCUUUGGAGGCUGGCAAUUUAUUCUUGAAGCUGGUCGAGCUCUUCAUGGGAUGUUUGCAUGUCGCUCCCAAGUCGGCGAUCGACCUCUGCCUCAAGCUGUCUUGA